CCCACCUGGUUUUGAUUAAGUCGUUUCAAAUGUCAAUUUUUCCAAAGUUUUUUGUAAAUCAUUAAGUAGCAAGUGUUUAUACCGUUAUCGCUACGAGUCAUGUCUGCCAAGCAACUUGCCUGUGAAGGAACUGAGGAAUUAUUUGCACUCAUCGGUGAAAAUAGUCAUGCAUCUAGAAUAUUUGUGUUAUUCACAGGACAAGAGGAUCCAGCAACUGGAAAGAGUUGGUGUCCAGAUUGUGUGCGAGCUGAUCCUGUUAUAGAAAAAUGCAUUACAAAAAUGAAUCAAGAUGAUGUGUUUAUUUACUGUGUAGUUGGAGACAGACCGACAUGGAAAGACCCACUAAGUCCUUUUCGAACAGAUCCUAAACUGUUGCUUAAAGCAAUUCCAACACUUGUUAAAUGGAAUACUCAUGAGCGGCUUGUCGAAGAUCAAUGCGCAAAUGAAGAACUAGUUUCAAUGCUUUUUGAAGAUAACUAAAGAUUGUGUAGAAGACAGAGUUUAAAAACUAAUUUUGUAAAAAAAAAUUUCUAUUGAUAUGUAUAACAUGAUUUUUUUAGAAUAA